UAUUUAUGCACUAGUCUCGCGGGCAGUUAGUACUUGAUGAGCUUUUGCCGAGUUCGGACGAGCUGUAGAGGGGCUUUGCGCGAGAAUUACAAGCGCGGCAGGAGUGACCAAAAGCCUGCGCCCGAGGACACGCGAGAGACUUCGACGCGGCCGGCGAACGCGCGAGGCGCCUUCUUUUCCAGUUCCUCGGCCGACGGCGGACGGACGGGCAGUCGCUCGCACCUCACACUUUACUCUAAGAUGUGGAUCUCGAUGGUGCGAGCACUGGCCGCCGUGGCCCUCUGCACGCAGCUGGUGCCCGACGCGAGCGAGGCGCUUCCGGCCGGCGUGCAGGACUUCGACGACAUCAACUCGUACGCAUCCUCGCUGGACGGUAACUCGAGACGAAUAAGGCGGGAUCUUUUUCAAAUCGAGUCCAAAAGAGGGGCUAACAACAAAUACUGCGGCAAGCAUCUAGCCAACGCACUGCACUUAGUCUGCGACGGCGUGUUCUUUAAUCCUGGGACAUGGAGUAAGAAAUCCGUGCCAGAUCCUCAAGACUACUGGCAGGACGAAUUGAGCAGCAACUUCCCGUUCCGUUCACGCGCUGAGGCGACACAGUUGAUGCCCUCGAACCGGCGAGUGCGUCGCAAGCCGCGCGGCAUCGUUGACGAAUGCUGCCUCAAGAGCUGUUCCAUUAACGAGAUGAAGAGCUACUGCGGCCCUCAUUGAGCAACAACAACAAAAAAAACCCCCAUACAAAAAAACACAUAAAUACAAUCAGCACGCAUGAAUUGAAUGUAAAGAGCAAAAACCGCACUCAUUCGCAUCACACACCUUGCCGUUUUUUCUAUUCCUCAGCAGGAAAAAUAAUAAAAAUGAUUAAAAAAACAAUUAAUAUUAUAGGCUGAGUAGAGGAAUCAUACACGCAAUUUGCACGCUAAUUAUUCGAUGGUGAUGAUGAAAAAAAAAUCAAUGUUUCGUAAAAAUCAAUGUCCUUGUGAGUGUGAGCCGAUCGUUGAUCUUUCAGUUCGUAAUGUUAAGAUGCGGUCAAGUUUUUUUUGUAUUCUAGAAUUUUAAUUAUUAAUUUUUAAUCGCUCACUCCAACUCAUGAUCAUUUUUAUCAGAUUUUGUCCUUGAACCUCUGGCGUUCGUUGCCCCUUUUUCAUGUCCCCUGGUGUUUUUCAGCUCUACUUAAUUUACCAACCUCACACACAAAACAAUUAUGUUCUCACGGAUGGAAAUAAAAAAUUCAUGAAAAGUCAA